GCCGUCGUGUAAGUCCCUGUCCUUUUAUAGAGAUUUUUUUUUUCACUAAUUAGGAACAUCAAUUAUUAGUUUCCAAUUCAAUCGGUUUAUUUUCAUUCUCAAAACGUUUCGCUGAUAUCUCGUUCAAUCAACGAAAAGAAAAAGGGAACUUUUAGGGUUUCAUAGAUUUAACAGUGCAUCUGCAGUCCGUACGUUCAGGGAUUUCAUUUCUGAUCCAAGAAAAUGAAGCCAGGAGUGUCUAGAUUGAACCCUUAUGCAGCAUCUUAUGUACCGCUGUCUAAAAGGGAAGCAGCUGGAAAAACUGAAGUUCCUGGAUUAACCACAAAAUCUUCUCACGCUGGUGAUCAAACUAUAUGGUUUGGACCUGCUGAGCAUACUACACAGAAGAAACAGCAUGAGAAGACUUCUGAUUAUGAUUUAUCUGUGUUGAAAAGCCACACCUUCCAUGUUGCUUAUGGUUCUUCAUCACAAAAUCCAGAUGAUCUGACAGAGAAGCAAACUGUGAAUGAAGAUUAUGAUAUUUUGGAAUUUCUUCAAGCAUCAUUUCCUGGUGUAUCAGAUGAGUCCCUUAAUGAUGUUUAUAAGGCAAACAAGUGCGACUUGGAAGCCACAAUUGACAUGCUGAACCAUCUUGAGUUUGACACUUUCGAGUAUUCUGAAAACCUUCCUGACACGUUGGAUAUUGGGGAUGUUUCUGAAUUGGGGUCUUUAGCUGAGUGUGCAUCUGUGAAACUAAAGAAUGUUGCAGGCGAAGCCAGUGCCUCAUCCUCUGGUACUCCAGCCUCAAAUUCAGUUGUACUCACCUGAAUAAUUGUUCAAUUGUCCUUUGGCUUCUUGAAUUUGUGGAUAAGAAGUAUAUAAGAUAGGAAAUCUUUCCUUUGAAGUGGGAGAGAUAUACAUGUGGGUGUAUAGUUCUCAGGUGCUUAUUCCCAUUGUUCCCCUCUUUUUAUGGGUUUUGCUAUGGGUCAAAAGCACCUUUGAGCAAUAAGCAUGAUGAUGGAGGCAGUAGUUUCUGAAAAUGAAAGUCAUAUAAAUUCUGCUUAUUGACGUUUUUUAAUUUUUCUUUGUUUGACAAUGGUAUGUAUGUUUGUUGUAGAGAAAAUCCUGCGAAGUUAAGUCAAAAUGUUUUGGUAAUUACAUGUAAAGCUUGAAGUUUGAAUACAUGGUUGAAAGCUUUUCCAUCGAA